AGAGAGAGAGAGAGAGAGAGAGAGAGAGAGGACCGUCUCCCGUUUUGUUGCACAUGAGUCGCGAGCAGCCCGUGAUGACAGACAGACAGCCGCUCCGCCGCCUCACUGACUGCGACACCUGAACAACCACCGAGCCCGGCGAAGGAGAGCCAACUGUUAGGCGAGGAAGGAGGAGGUGGAGGUGGUGGUGGCGGAGGUGGUGGUGGAGGAGUGGAGGCUGUCCUGAAAAAAAAAAAAAUUAAGAAAAAGAAGAAAAGAGGCAAAAGAAGAAGAGGAGGAGGAGGAAAGCGGAGCAGAGCAGAGCAGAGCGGGGGCACGCAGCCGGCUGGCCGGGACACGGAGCCGCGACCACCGGGAGUGAGGGGGGGGGGAGAGAAAUCAGCGCCGCGACCGUCACAUCACAUCCCCGGCUCCGCGAUGACAAAGUCCCAGUGAAGCAGAGAGAGAUGUCGCAGAAGAAGAUAUUCCUGGUGGUCGUUGCCAUCAGUACUGUCAGUCUUCUGCUGCACCAUGGGGGCCACUUGAGCUGGACCAUGGAGGCCUUCUACCUCGGUUGUCCUGCCCUCCGUGCCCACCCUGCGCCGAACCUGAAACCCAAGCACACCAACGUGGCCUUCCUCAAGACCCACAAGACGGCCAGCAGCACCAUGCAGAACCUGCUUUUCCGCUUCGCAGAGCGCAACAACCUCACGGUGGCGCUGCCAGUGCAGGCCUGUGGCCACCAGUUCUGCUACCCGCACUCCUUCACCUCCCACUUUGUCCAUCCGCACACGCUACCGCCCAACAUCAUCACUAACCACAUGAGGUUCAACAGGGCAGAGCUGCAGCGCCUGAUGCCCAACAACACAAUAUACAUCACGAUCCUGAGAGAGCCCGGCUCCAUGUUUGAAUCCUUGUUCAGUUACUACAACCAGAACUGUCAGAGCUUCAAGAGGGUCCCCAACGGCUCCCUGGAGGCCUUCUUAGACGAGCCCUGGCACUAUUACCGACCAAGCGAGAAGGACUCCAUGUACGCGCGCAACACCUUGGCCUUUGAUUUGGGCGGAGACAAGGAUCGGCCAGCAACAGAUGUGCAGUAUGCGCGGGCCUUUCUUGCAGAGGUGGAGCAAGCUUUCUCCCUGGUGAUGAUUGCAGAGUACUUUGAUGAGUCUCUGGUUCUUCUUCGCCAUCUCCUCUCCUGGGACCUGGAUGACAUUCUGUAUGUGAAGCUCAACAUGCGGAGCCAAAGCUCAAAGCGGAGCCUGACGCCGGGGCUUCCUGCAAAGAUCCGUGCUUGGAAUUCUUUAGAUGCGCGUCUCUAUGACCACUUCAACGCCUCACUGUGGCGCCAGCUUGCGGCUCUAGGCCCAGCCUGUGUGGCGAGGGAGGUGCGCCUCCUCCGGCGAGCCCAGGAGAGGCUAAUGAGAAGCUGCUUUGAAGGACGGAUGCCGCUUCUCCGGUCAGCCGCUCAGAUCAAAAACAAGGAUCUCCGGCCAUGGCAGCCUAGCGCUAAAGUCGACAUCGUGGGCUACGACCUCCCGGUAAAUCUCAGCCGCGGGUUCUUGAGCCAUGCCCAGGAGCUCUGCCUCAAGCUCAUCAUGCCGGAGGUCCAGUACACGCGGGUGCUGCUACGCUCCCAAUCCUUGCGCUAUCGUCGAAGCUACCAACUUCGGGCUCCGCAGCAGGCACACAACCUGCAGCAGCCCAUACGCACAGUCCUGCCUCGGCAUCCUCAAGUGCAGCGCAGCCAGCCGCCCCCCGCAGGCCCUGGCCCGGCAUCGAAAACAGCCACCACCACAAAGCCUGCUGCAGAAACUCAAGGUCGGACCACAAAGUUAGAGCCUAAAUCCUCACAGACCCAGGCCUCAUAGACUGAAAAUAGAGACUUGAAUAUCAUCCGAGUGCCCAACAGACUGCAUUGUUGUACCCAUCCCGACCCUUGAGAGAAUGGUUGGUUCGGGGGUGUUGGAAACAAGGGCGUCUUUGGGGGGAAAAGUCUAAAAAAAAGGAAAGGAAGAACAGCUGGUACGACAUAUCUGGACUUGAACUUGAAUCUCUCCCCUCUCUGGUCUGUGAAACCGUAUCGGGGUUGGCAGACACAAGAGCGGGAGGAAUCCACACUAGGACUCGGCUAAAUUGCACGCCUCUGCACGCCCGACCACAGUGGAUGGGAGAGGGCUUCUGGUGAAAGUGAUUCUUUGAAGGCAAAUCUGUUAUGUGCGACCAGGACUCAAUAGGGAAGUGGCGAUAUCGGGUCUAUUGUGAAGCACAGAGUGGGCUUUGUGUGUAUCACACUGGUAGUAGUAUCACGUUACUUGCUUUCAUUCUCUGUUUCUCGAGCUCUCUUUCCCUAAUAUAUGCCAUUUAAAGUCCUUGAGAGAGACAUAAUGACAUAAAGGGAUCAGCUGUCAGGCUUCCAAAGAGCCUCCUAAGAGGCCAGACAGACAUUGAGAUAACCUCCAACCACUAAUACAACAGCACAAUCAACAACUCCUCUCUUCUUCUUUUACAAACCCAAGAGCCUAAAGCAAAGAAGGGAAGGGGAGGGGUGGGAGUAGGGGGUUAAGAAGCCAGACAGACAGAAAAUCUAGAGGGUAAGCCCGAAGACUGCUGGAUUCUCAAUAUGGCCACCCAUUAUCGCUCUGACUCACGCAGAGAACUGAACACACACUCAAAGACCCCUCAGCCUUUGACCCCAUCCCUGCAUCCAUCGCUCCAUCCUCCAUCCUCCCAUCCCUGCUGCUCCCCUCUGGUCAGGCUCUCCAUCCAGAGAGCAGCGCCGACGACUCUCUUGUCUCCCUCGGACCACCAGUUGUGAUCUAGAGACUUUACGCUGAAGGUUCCUGAUGCGGGCUUUUGUUUUUAUUCUGAUUGCAAUAAGAUCUCCAUGCCUAGACGAAAGGCGUGGAUUUAAUAACCUACCAGCAACCCCACACCACACACGAGGGGGGCACAAACAGAAAACAACUCGGCAAAAGAAAGACUUGAAGCCUGGGGGUCGCAGUGUUUGAAUAUUUAAUCAUCUCCUCUUACGGCCCUCCUAUGGCCCAAGGUCUUGGGUUACACUCGUACAUUUUCAUUAAGGAUACGAGGACCAGGCGAGAGCUUCCGAGUGCAGGAGGACAAAACGCUCUAUGCCUCGCGGCUCUAGGCCCGAGGGCCCACUGGGUUUGGCGUGGGUCUUAAAAUGUUGUCACUUAUCUCAGCUGUGAUCCAUUUUUAAUGCAUUCUGCUCAUAUUUAAUGUGUCAUUUAUGUUCUUUUAUUCCUCCAGUGAUCAGCAGGGGUACUGCUAAGUAACUGAGGGGCGGAGGAAGGAUGUCUGUGUGUAUUUUUGUGUGUGUGUGUGUGUGUGUGUGAUAGAGAGAGCGUCUGGAAGUGGCUCUCUCUGCUUCAUGUUGUAUUCUUUUCCAUGGCCAGCCAAGUUGGCAUGGCAACAAAAGGAAGUAAUGUGUGUAAGAUUUAUCAAAAACUAUGUAUUAUUUAUUAUCGGGACUAGAAGGGUCCCAUUACUGUAUUUUUAACUGUUAUUUUUCAUGAAUCACUGGAUGAAACCUGCUCUUAGUGGACCUUUAUGUUUGGUAUACCACUUCAGGCGCCGGAGUCGGAGCGAGACGUGUGGCAGUGAUGUAAAAAAUUCAUUCUAUACAUGUUUUACAUAAUGCAACGCUACAAAGAACACUUCUGAAAACCGCACAUCAGAACAAGUGCAGUCACUUUAAAAUUAAUCUUUCAUUCAGCAGUGCUUAAGUGCUCGACCACACAAUGGUUUUUGUGGUCGGAGUCUGUCUCGCUGAAGCUGGCGAUAAUGAAAAACACACAAACCGCCGCUCCCGCUCUGACAGGAAGAAAACGAGACGUGGAGUGGGUGGAAAACACACCGGAGGAGAGGAUAAACAGUCUUACGAAGUGAGUGACUGUGAAUAUUUUAAUUCAAAGUGUGCUUAUCUGAACUUACCGGGGAACCUCAGCUUUGAAAGCACGGGAUGCGCAGCGCUUUUCAUUUAUUUACAGGUAUUUGAAAUGUGUUCAGACGUGUAAUAUUUAUUCAAGGUACAUACACUGUAAAAAAAAAUCUUCGGCUCAAUUCACUUUAAAGGAUGAGGCUGGUAUUUUUUAAAAAUAUUUUUCUUACAGUCAACUAAUCCCAAAAUCCCCAACCCUGGGGCUUCAAGUGCACAGCAUCAAGUGCUCCGGUUUAUUUUUUCUCCAGCAGUGUGGAUGUUAUGUGAAAGGUGUCUAGGUACUUUGAUGAGGUGAUAUCUAUUGGAGCUAGCAUGCUAACCAGCUAGCCCCCGUGUCAUAAGAUGACUUUGACUAAUCUGUGAUCCAAAGUUUGCAAUCCAGGCAGUUUCCCGUCAGCUAAUCGGGCCGCUAUCUUUAAAGUUAUCUGAGCAGCCAAAGAUAGCGAGCAAAGAGUUUAGUGAGCAGCAGUUGCUGGUUACUCAGAGUCAGUGAUGUGCUGCACCUCGUGUUUUUGGAGCCAGUUAUGAAUUCUGGCAUUCUUGCUUGACGUUGGUCAGACGGGAACUUUAUGGGAACUUCAUUUUUAGGCACUAUUUUCCGCUGUGGAUGAAUACACAGUUAAUGCACUCAAUUCUUGAUCCAGUCUUGGUAAUCAUAUCUCCGGUAUCUGGUCUUGAUGAAGAGAAAAGACAAGUCUACAUGUCUUGGAAAAUUUAUGUUACCUGUUCAAAAGAUAUGACUGAAUUGAAUUUAUAUUAUAAUCACUAUAAAUCAGUGACAUAAAUUUAAUUGAACAAAAAUAAAUCUUCUUCAAAAAGCUUACUUAUUUCUUAAUUUUUUUCAAAAAGACACCAUGAAGUCCUCAUCUCUGGGUUUUGGUCUUUUAAUGGGAGUUGUUGAUGACAUUGUAAAUACAGACCACCCUUAUCCUUUAAAUGUGUUUGCUGAUUAUGAUCAAUUAUUGUUUUUAUUUAGUUUGAAUUCAGCGGCUACAUAUAAAAGAAGGAGUCUCAUUCAUAGUGAAAACGCCGGCUUUGAAUGAGCCUCCUGAGUUGCUUCAACCUGCUGUAAAUGAACAAGGAAACACUGAAUCUGUGUGUUUGUCUGUCGCUCGUCGAGCAUUUACGGAGACCCAAAGUGUUCAAAAUCAAAUUCAUCAGUCUCACUGUGAAAAAUACAAUCAGAAAUAAAGUUUGGGAAAUGAGGUUUUAAACUCGGAAAUGCACUUUGGUUUUCAUUUAUUUCCAAUUCUUUUAUAUCAAAAUGUUUUUUUUUUACUGGCUCCAUUUUUCCUCACUGAUCACAGACAUUUAUUAUUAACCAAGACAAACAGGACAAAGGCAGCCGUGUAAUUGGACUGUCUGAAUGAUUAAACAAACACUCGCCUGAAAUGUGUUGGAAUAAAAUCUAUUGAAACAAAGAGAAAAUGGGCAGAAAUACACCGUUACUGCGAAGAAAAUUAACAUUUUAUCGCAAAAAGCUGAGUUGUAACCUUUGCGUUGGCUUAUUUCAUGGUUAUAUUACAGAUUCUGUUUUGUAUUUUCUUUCUUUCGACGAUAAUAUAUAUCGUGAUUUAAUUUCAAACACUUUGGGUUUCCACAAGCAUUGGCAUGAAACUUGAUUUUUAACCAGUUACGGUACUGUCGAUACUCGAUGAAGGGUCAAAUAACCUGAUGCUCAAACGUGUUAAUCAAACUGUGGUAAAAUCAAAGUUUCUGCCAGUCACUUUAAGGCUAAUAAAGGUAAAGACGCUAAAUAUACUACUGUUGAAACAGGUAUUUCAAAAUGUUUUUCCCCUCCCACGUCUGUGUCUGACUGAGAUCCGGCUGAAGAACACGCUUUUAUUUCCCCUCAACGGUUCAUUUAUGAUCCAUUCCUCGCUGGCUGUGAGUCUCUCUAAGUGCUCUUUUGAUUCUUGUGGGAGAGUUUCAGUAAUGGUACAUGCUGUCGUGUCUGAAGUGUCGGCGGCUCUUCUCUCUGAAAAAAAAAAAAAAGCUGGAGGGGGCUGCGUGAACAGUGUGCAAAAAAAAAGAAAAAGAAU